AUGUCCCGACACCCUGAGAAGUCAACGCUUUCCAGCAGUCGACAGCAACGCGUGGCAGAAGAGUUCGUGGACUACAUCACACACGCUGCCAAACCCAACGCACUCAAACUAGAGGACAUCACGCAGGCAACUAUGAAAGAUCCAACCCUUCUAGCUGUCAUUGACGCUGUGCAUACCUGCAACUGGUUUGAGCCGUCUAAGCGACUCGACAUAAACCAAAACACGUACAAAGCCCUCGAACGGGUAAAGGAAGAAUUGACCAUCUGCAGUUCCUCGAGUGUACUCAUCAGAGGAACACGGAUCAUUGUCCCUGAAGCCUUACAACAGACAGUAAUUGAUCUCGCACACGAAGGUCAUCAGGGCAUCACGAAAACAAAGUCACUGCUUCGGGAGAAAGUGUGGUUCCCAGGUAUCAACGACGCAGUAGAGAAGAAAGUGAAAUCCUGUCUUGCAUGCCAAGUGACGACCCCAGAAACCAAAUGCGAGCCCCUUAACAUGUCACCGCUGCCAGAGGGACCAUGGCAACAAAUUAGUGCAGAUUUUAAGGAACUGUCAGGUGGAGGAUACUUACUCGUCCUCUACGACGACUAUUCCAGAUACCCCAUUGUAGAGGUCAUACCGUCAGUGUCUGCAACAGCCGUCAUACCACGUCUCCACAAGGUAUUUGCAGAGUUUGGUGUACCGGCGAAAGUGCGCACUGAUAAUGGCCCGCCGUUCAACGGAAGAGAGUUCCAGUCCUUUGCAAAGAACAUGGGAUUCGACCAUCGAAAGAUAACCCCCAAGUGGCCACGUGCCAAUGGAGAAGCUGAACGGUUCAUGCGCACAGUUAAGAAGACGGUCGAAGCUGCAAACAUAGAGCAACGUCCCUGGAAAGAAGAGUUACACGAGAUGCUUCGCAACUACAGAGCAACACCGCACUCGUCAACAGGCAAGCCACCAGCCACGGUUUUAUUCAACAGGCCCAUGCGCGUUAAGAUUCCUGACAUACCCAGUUCUAAGGAGGACCCAGCAUCGAUACGACACCGAGACAUGUUGGCUAAGGAGAAGAUGAAGAGCUAUGCUGACCGGAAAGCAUAUGUGAAGCCAAGCAACCUCAUGACUGGAGACAAAGUUCUAGUCAGGCGUGACCCCUCCGGAAUUAAUUCCAGAACACCUUAUCAUCCUGAACCCUAUGUCGUCACUCAACGCAAGGAUCAGUGA